AAUGUUCAAUUAUAGUUAAUAUGAGGAGGAAAUUAAUCAUCCUCAAUAUCGUACAAGAGUGAGAUAUUAGUAAGUAUUAAUGCUAAUAAAAGGGAUACAGGUAUCUAACGAAAUCUUAAUGGAUAACUUGAUGUGACAUGUUUUUUAAUGGCUGUAGAAAUAUAGCGACUGAUUGCUGAAAACACAGAACUUAAAAUUUCUAUAAAGUAGCAGACUGAUUGUGGAUUAGAUAGAAUCAAUUAUGAAAUGUAAAUAAGAGAUCUAAUGGAAAAGCUACAAUAAAUAUAGCAGUAUAUAAUAUAAUCAAGAAUAGGGAGAAUUAUUUGAUAGGCAGUGAUAAUGAAAGGUUAAGAAAACUAAUAAAAGAGCUUGAAGGUUCAUUAUAACGAUAUGAAACUUAAUUACGUGAUUAUGAUCCAAAUUGGAAAAAAGAAUUAGAAUAAUAGAAAAAACAGCUAGUAUAAUUGUAAAAAAAGAUAGGUGAUGAUGAUGUUGGUAAAAGAGAAUAUUAUUAAUAAUAGAUGAUUUGAGAUCUCAAUUAAACAAAUUGAAAAAGAAGUUAGGUGAUUAUGAAAAACAGUUUGGUGGGAAGAGUCCGGAAGAAUUAUAAAGAAUGUUAGAUGAUUUAUAAAGAAAAGCGAAAUAAUUUGAUGAUCUAUAAAAUAAAAUUGGAGGUAUGGAUCCUGACACAUUAGCAAAGAAACUUAAAGAAUUAGAUAAAUUAUAGAAAUCAUUUGGAGGAAGUCCAGAAGAUUUAUUAAAAGUAAAAUUAAUUAAAAAUUAUUUUUUUAGGAGUUAGAAAGAUUAAAAAAAAAGGCUAAAGAAGCAGAUGAUUUAAAAAAAGAAUUAGAUAGAUAAUAAAGAGAGAAUGAUAAAUAGAAAAAUGAUUUAGAUAUUCUUGAUAAUUUAAAAGUAAAUUUUAUAAUUAUUUAAGUAAAAUGCAUAAGAUUUAUAAAUGGAAAAUGGAUUCUUAAAUUAAUAAUUAAAUGAUAUGAAAAAUAAAUUAAGAGAUGCAGAUCAAUUAAGAAUUGAAAGUGAAUAAAUGAAAGAAUUAUUAAAAAAAAAAGAUUAAGAAAUAGCUUAAUUAAAAAAUUAAUUAGUUGAUUAAUAAAGAUAAUUAUAAGAUAUUCAAAGAUAAUUAUAAGAUAAUUAAAGAUAAUUACAAGAUUAAUUAAGAUAAUUAGGAGAUUUGUAAUAUAAGAUUAGAUAGGCUGAAUAAGAUAAAUUAUAAUUAUAGUCAGAAUUAAAUAAUUGUUUAGAUGAAUUAGAUUCAGCAGAUGGAUAAAAAGAAGUAGCAACUUAAUUAAAAGAUGAAAAUGAUAAAUUAAAUUAAGAAGUAGAUUAAUUAAAUGAAGAUAAAAAUAGAUUAUCAAAUGAAAAUGAUGAUUUAAGAAAUAGAAUGAAUGAUUUAAUGAGACAAUUAUAAGAUAAAGAUAAUAAAUUAAAGGAUUUAUAAUAAGAUUUAAAUAAGAAGAAUUCAGAAUUGAAAGAUUUAGGUAACAAAUUAAAAGAAGCUAAUGAAAAAAUUGAAUGGAUUAAAAAUGAAUAUGGAUUAACAGAUGAUGAUUUGGAUCCAAAAAAAAGAAAACUUAAUGGUAAAAAUAUUAAAGAAAGUAUAUUAUUCUCUAAUAUAUAACCAUCUAAUUUAUUAUUGAAUUUUCUAUUAUAAUCAGCUGAAAUUGAGAGAUUAGGCAUAAUUAUUGAUAAAUAUUAUAGUGAAAAUGAAUCAUUAUAAAAUUAAGUAAAAACUUACAAAUUAAAAAAUGAACAAAUCAAUUAAUAAUUAUAACAAUAAUUAAUUUUGUAAUCUUAAAUGACAUAAAAUAAUGAAAUAGAAAAAUUAAAAGAAUAUUAUGAAAAUAAAAUAGUAAUGUUAACUAUGGAAUUGAGUAGAUUGAGAAAAUAAUAAACUUCUAGUUCCUAUUAAUCAAUACCUAUUACUCAUAAAUUAUAACCAAGACCAAAUAGUUUAAAUAAUGGUGAUUCUCUUUUAACUCCUUAAAUAUAACCUAAAAGAGAAGAGGAUUUAUUGAGUUUAAUAGUAUUAAUGGGAGCAGAAUUAUAAAAUUUGAGGGAUCAAAAUUGUACAUUACUCUUACAAUAACAAGAUAAAGAGGUUAUAAAAGGUUUAUUAACAACAAGUGGAUAUGAAAGUCAAACGAAAAUAUAAUAAAAAGUUUAUGGUAAUGAAUAAUUAAAUAAUUAUGAAAAUUACUCUUAAAGAGAAUCAAAUAAAGGAUUAACAAGAAAUUCGUAUCAAGAUUUAUAAAAUAAUAAUACUUAAAUAGUAACUUCAACUUAAUUUAGAGCUAAGACUUAAUAUGAAUCAAAGUAGAAUGAAGUUUUUAAUUAAGAUAAAAUAUUAUCUCAAUAAGGUGAUAAUGGUUCAAUAAGAUCUUAUCAAUAUUAAGCUUAAAUUCCUUAUAAAUAUGAAUAAAGCUAAUAAUUGAGUGGGAGUGGAUAUUUACAAGUAGGAAGAUAUGAAUCAUCCAGAUAUGUAAAUUGA